AUGCUCACAAGCAGAAGAGGAUUUGAGGUCACGGAUUUGGAGCAGCUUCAUGCAGACACAGCUUCUGCAGACGGAAGCGCUCACAAACGUAUCAAGCGGAUACUCAAUCAGCCGAUCAUGCCAAAUGAAGUCAUGACUACAGACUAUAUGGGCGUUUCUGGCAAUACUGGCGUCAUUGCUACGCCAGCCCUGUCUCGCGCUCAUUCGACAGAACUAGCUAGCGCGAGAGAAGUAUCCGUGAUCUCCACUACGCCCCCUGCUAUCGUUCCAAACGCAUCUCUGACAAAGGACGAGACAUCGGCUACCGUAGACGAGUUUGUGACUUGUGUCUCGCAUCCGUGCUCUUCCGAGAGUCGCUCGGCAUGCACUUUGGCCUGCCCGAUACCCUCGAGCGGAUCACAAGACCCCAGUGUUCUGGACACACAAGCUGGCACAAAUCUAUUUGAGCUGUCUGCAAAGAACUCUUCAGCAGCUAUACUUUCCGACCACCCGGCCGACAGUGCUUGGGCUAUUUUGUUUGCCGUUCAGGGUCACGCGGUCUCUGGGUACGUCUGCGAGGACAUCUGGCUUCCUCGUGGCCAGGAUACAUGGUUCAUCGUACGCGACCUCGGAGAUGACCCUGGCCCGAAACCAUACUCUGUCGCACUCUGCAGUGACGUCGUAGCAGUGCAAAACCACUGCGAGAUCGCAAGACAGCUCGUAUCGGCAACUCGACAAGGCACUCGCUUCCUCAUCAGCCUCGACCAUGAGCAUCGAUCCAACCUGGUAUACACUAUCAGGGAUCUCUCUUCAGAUGGAAUCUGCCUGAACAAUCAUCGACUCGGACCUGGUAUCCGCGCAAUCAUACGUGAUGGCGACACUGUUCGUUUCGACCAGGGCGACAACUCGCCCUUUACUUACAGAUGGCAUACGUUCGACCCUGUAGCAUGUUCGGAUCCUGACGCUAUGGGCGGCUUACUUGCUGCCUACAAGCUAGCAAAUGACAUCGGAGAAGGGUGCUUUGGACUAGUCAAGCGAUGCAUUCAACGCUCUACCGGAGACUGGUAUGCAGUAAAGAUCUGCAGCAAGACAAAACACGUUUACGACGAGCAGCUCGCCAAGAACUUACGAAGAGAGCUGGACAUCGUUCAGAAUCUUCCCGCGCACAACAACAUCAUUAAAUAUCAUGAGCGUUUCGAAGAUGCCAACAACGUCUACAUUGUCCUCGAACUUGUCAAUGGCGGCGACUUGCUUCAUUACCUGGUAGAGCAUGAGAUUAUGGAGGAGCUCACGAUCGCAAAGUUGACGAACAUGAUAUGUACCGGCGUAUCUGUCCUCCACAGAGCAGGCAUCGUUAAUCGCGACAUCAAGCCGGAUAAUCUCUUGAUGACAGCAGGGAACAAUCCGGUCUGCAAAGUCGCCGAUUUUGGCUUGGCACGCGCUUUCUCACCCGGCGAGGAUCUGACGACACGAUGUGGAACAAUGACAUAUCUUGCGCCGGAAGUCCUCGUUCGCACCGAUAAGAAGGGCUACGAUCAGGCUGUCGAUGCAUGGGCAAUCGGCGCUAGUCAGCGAUUUGGAUCUCCGCGCAAGCAUGUCUGA